AUGCUGUCCAAGCUUUGUUGGCCUUCUUUCGCCAUCAUACUUCUGUGGCUCUUGAGCCAGGUCGCGGCUGAGGAGUUAUAUACCACUGUUCUAGGGAAAUCUGAACACGGCUCUCUACUCCAUGUCGAUGAAAAGACGAUGGUCGAAUGUGGUGGCCAUAUCAAACAAUGCGGAAUUAUGGAGGACAUGAGAAUUAUUCUAUCGCCUAUCAGCACCGUUUAUGUAACGCAGAACUUUACUACGACAACAGAGAAGGUGCUCCCAACUCAGACAGUUGUCAAGAAAAAGGUGAAAGUAGUGACAGUCAACAACCAAACACAUGGUCAUUGCCGAAAAACCACAAUAGUACCUGACUUGAAGCCCGCAAUCAUCACAGUGAACGUCACAGUCGAGCAUGUCCAAGAGAUUGUACCGAUCACAACGGUCACCUCCACAGAGAUAAGCAUUGUCACUGCUACUUCGAUCGAACAAUGUUUCAUCAACAACCCUGAGCCAUCUUUCUAUCCCACCAUUUCAACAUCGCAGGAUCCGUCAUCUGCCAUCCCACCAUCUUCGCAAGUUCCGUCAUCUGCGGCCCUCUCGAGUCAGGAUCCCUUGUCAAGCGAAGAGCCUCAGGCCCGUGGGACCGCGAUAACGGAUGGACAGGGAGAGACGGAGAGUUCAAGAUAUGAACGCAUUUAUCAGGAUGUUGACGAUGUGUCUGAGAAUCCCGGAAUGAACAUCCAGGGUGAAUAA